AUGAAGAAGCAUGCCUUCCUCUCAAGAGAUCCCGCUUCGGCGCACCGAUCCUGGCAAGGAUCUCGGCCCGCUUCAUUCGGCGGCGCUUCCUCAUAUGCGAGUUCAGUCUUCGAGAAGGACUUCGCAGCUCGCAAGGGCGUCAGCGAGAAGCCGGUCGAGAAGCCUCGAAAGAGGUUCAGGAGCUCGAAACUGACGGGCGACUACGAGAAGCCAUGGCUGAAGAACAAGGACCCCCGUGAGAAGCUCGACAAGGUUUUCUUCUACGGCUUGUCCUUGAUUGGAGCGGGCAUCGGGGCGUACAUCUGCUGGGACCGGUGGAACUCUGUUGGCAAUCAAAAUUACUGCUUGGCGUGGGAAGAUGACUUCAGCGGCGGAAUCAACAAGGACAGCUGGAACUACGAGGUGCAGAUCGAUGGAUUUGGCACCGGCUCCUUCGACUGGACCACGACAGACCCGCGCAACGCGUACACAGACGCCAAUGGCCUGCACAUUGUGCCGACGCUGACGACAGAGGACAUUGGCAUCAGCAACAACCAGCUGAUCCACGGCUACACAUUGAAUUUGACGUCAGGUGGCGGCGACGGCACGUGUACGGGCACCAGCAACUCCGCCUGUUCCAUCGCGUCCAACUACACUCUCAACUCGGUGAUCCCGCCGAUUCGCUCCGCGCGACUCAACACCAAGGGCAAGCACAUGCUGCGGUACGGCAAGGUCGAGGUGACCGCCAAGCUGCCCGCUGGCGACUGGCUGUGGCCGGCUAUCUGGAUGAUGCCCCAGGACAACGCGUACGGCGACUGGCCCGCGUCGGGGGAGAUUGACAUCAUGGAGGCGCGCGGCAACAGCCAGUACGUCUUCAGGAACGGCGGCCGCGACACCGUCUCGGGCGUGCUGCACUGGGGCCCAACGGCCGAGCUGGACCGCUUCGUCGAGACGUCCAACGGCCUGUACAUGCGCCGCAAGGACUUCACGCAGGACUACCACACCUUUGGCCUCGAGUGGACCAAGGACUUCAUCUUCACCUACUACGACAACGUGCUCAAGCAGACCCUGUACGUGCCCUUUGGCAGCAAGCUCGGCGACAUGUACAGCCGCGGCCGCUACGCCCAGAUUGCCAACCCCAACGGCUACGGCGCCCCCAACAACCCCUGGAGUUCCAGCUCCAACCCCAAUGCCCCCUUCGACCAGGCAUUUUACCUCAUCCUGAACGUCGCCGUGGGCGGCACCAACGGCUUCUUCCCCGACGGCUACGCCGGCAAGCCGUGGGUUGACAAGCUGAACAACUCGGCCAGCGCCUUCUGGAAUGCCAGCUCGGCGUGGAAGCCCACGUGGGGCGACGCCGACAGCCGCGGCAUGACUGUCAAGUCUGUCAAGAUGUGGAAUACUUGCUAGAUCAUCACGAGGGGGGGGGCUUCUUUGGCUUUGUUUUCCUUGUUCUUUUACGUCUCCUGUCUCAAUCGGUUGGAAAGAAUACGUGCGGAUAGAUUCCUA